CGCCGCCAUUUUUUUCAGAAGGUUUUGCAGCAAGCGUGAAAAAUGUCGUUCCUUCGGAAUUGUAGCCGGCUUCUUAGACCAUGCAUUAACUCUCCUCAUAAUAAAAUAGUAAGGGGGUAUGCUGAGGAGGCUGCUGCCGCAAUACCUGCAGGACAAAUGGCAUUUACAUUUGGUUGCCCUUCAAAGAUUUUCUAUAAGGCAGCAAAUGUGAAACAAAUUGAUGUUCCCUCUACUACAGGCAGCUUUGGCAUAUUAGCGCAGCAUGUCCCAGCACUUGCAGUGCUAAAACCAGGUCUUCUGUCAGUCCAUGAAGAAAAUGGGGACAUUACAAAAUUCUUUGUAAGCAGCGGUUCAGUGACUAUACAUGCAGAUUCUUCUGUACAGGUAUUGGCAGAGGUAGCUGUCCCAUUAGAAGAAUUAGAUCCUCAGAGGUCUAUCAAAGGCAAAUCAAGAUUUAGCAGCAGCAACAACAGAUGUAGCAAAGGCAGAAGCCCAAAUAGCAGUUGAGGUUCAUGAAGCACUCGAACAAGCGGUUGGAAAGUAGUUCCACAGAAACCACUAGAUAUAGGUACCUGUACCAAGAAUCCAAAGGGUUGCAGUGUGCUGUUCAAAUAUUAUCCACAAGGAGUAUGUUUAUGUUAAGCUGUUAGCCAGUCCUUACAUCAAAACAGUUUCCAAAAGGCCUGAUCUUUAGCUCCAGUAUUAAUUAAAAUUGACACAUGGUUUUCAUUCCUGGAUUACUUUGCAUCAAAAUAACACUAUAAUUCUGGCUCAUGUCCUGUAUUAUAAACUUACUGGCCAACAAUAAUGAGAAACAUGAAGGCAGUGCUGUUCUGUUAUAUGGAUUAAAUUGCUUGUUAUUGACUGUUAAAAAAAAAAUUACAUAUUAUAGAUUAUACUGUACUACAAAUUAAUUUCAGAUAUCACUUACUGUGUAUUUCAAUAAAAGAAUCUGAAUAUUUA